AGCUGUGUACUUAGAGUCCAGCACCUUCAACAGAUCCACCAUCCAGCUUGGCUGCGUGAUAUCCUCCUCUUCUGCCCUUGUAAUGAACGACCAGAUAUCCAGCACACAACCCAUAGAUCCAAUCCUGCCAUCUAGGAACAUGAGAUUAAGUUCUUUAAUCACUUCCUCGUAGCUUUUAGAGUAGUCCACAAAGCUCCUAUCAAUGUCACUUGUCAAACUGACAAGCGCAAAUAUCUUAUCACGCCGAUCUGUGGCAUCAAAAUAUCUAGUCGCCGUGAAGAGAUACAAUGUGCCACUCAUUGCAUGUUCUCUUGCAUACUUGAUCAUAAAUAGAACAUGCGCAUUCGCCAGCCUCUUCUCGGCUGCUUGCUGCGCGUGUUCGUCUUUCCACGUCAUUGCCUUCAACCCGGCUUGGACAAAAGAGUGGCAGCUUAUGUACUGCGAUAAUCGUGCGGCUGUUUCAAGGACAGGAAAGUCGUCAAUCGUUCUCGACCCACACCAGAUUGACACCUGACGUGCUAGUAAAAGCUCUUGAACACUACAUUACGUCAAUACA